AUGGCCAUGGCCGACGGUGGUGUCGGUGCCGAUGCGGCUCCAGAGUUGGCAUGGACAGCAAGUUUGAUGCUAUGCAGUCAAGCUAUCACCGAAUAUGGGUUGCGACAAGAGUGGCGGCAGGCAACACACCUGCUGGCAGUCGCGAAUGAAGAAAGUCUUGCUCCAGAUCUCCAGCUCUGCAAGAAAGCAGCCAACGCAUGCCGCGAAGCGGGUCAGUGGAGGGCCUGUGUGCAAAUGCUUCGCCGCCUUUGCCAAGCACCACAUCAAGGUCUGCAAGCAGACGUUGUGAUUUUUGGCACUGUGAUGGCCAGUGCUGCCGACCUGGUCUCGGACUCGGCGGCCCCUUGGGACGUGGCCACACUGGUCAAGUGGCGACGCGGCUUGCAAGUACUGCAGGGUGCCAUGCAGGCGGAGACCACGGUGAGAUAG